AUGCUGUGGCUACAGAUAGCCAGUCAAAUGGGCAUUACCCUCCUCGCCUUCGUCGCGCAAAUGCAAGGAUACAACACGCUCUACCCUACCCACACAAUCGGACUACUCCUCAACGCGGUUGUACCGCACAUACUUACCAUUGCUGGGAUCGCACAUUCAUUCGUCGCCACUGCCUCCCAUCGCUCGGCCUACCCAGCGCAGUAUUCUAGUCCUGAUCAGACGGCAACGAUAUCAUCAAAGGAUCUAAUCCUUUGGACGCCCACCGUGAUCCCGAUGUCCGAGAGAUGGCAUUUGCCAAGCGCCGCAACACCACCUGUCCCUCAAGCAUCAAUUGUCACGGCGACACACAACUGUACAUCGGCAUCACAACUGGAAUACCCCACCUUGGAUUUCAUUGUAGGGGAGUGGCGUACAGCACUCGAAGAGCCCGUCGAUAUGUCGCAGUCAAUCAACUGUCUCGCGCGUGGCAUCCUUGCGAUUGCAAUCGCAGGCAGCGCAUAUUUUGUUAUAAAGGCAUGCAUACACUGGAUCACGAGGAGGAGCCUAUACGCUAGCCAGUGGCGUUCUAUGUCAGUUGUCAGUUCCACGUUCGCUUCUGAUACAGAUGCUGGCGCGUCCUCGCUGUUCAACGUAGAGCUCGCGUUGGACUACGAGGAUGCAUCGGCGGACUUCCUUUCAGCUAUGUUUGACAUCAUCUCCGGCUCGGGUGUAGCCACUGACCCGGACUGGAAAAUCUACAACGAUGUGUAUCCGACUGAAACUGCGCAAACGGCAUCCGAGUCGGGAGCCCCUAACAACGUAGACAUCACAAACGAGCUGAAGACGUCUCCUGUACCUACCGAAGAGCAUUCUACAAGCUAUACAGCCUUAUACCCAGACGCAGCACCGGCACACUUCCAUAGUGACGAUGUUGUAUAUAACCCCGAUACCCUGGCCGCGAACGACACGAAGAAUGCGCAGGAGGCUGCUGACCUUACACAAGAAGGACCAUCCAUCGAAGCAGAAGAAACCUUUCCUGAAGUAAAUCACUCCGCAGAACCCGCCAAUGAAGACGCGCCCGGAUGUGCCGACAUAUCGACCCCUGCUGCUACCGAUGAAACAGAGAAAAAGGAAGCCUGCUCACAUCCGGCCGCAGAGGAUUCUACGAGUCGUACGGCCUUACACCUAGACGCAGCACCGGCACAGUUCUAUGGUGACGAUGCUGCAUAUAACCCCGAUACCCUGGCCGAACACGACGCGCAGAAUGCACAGGAGACGGCAGAACUUACACUAGAAGGACCAUGCAUUGAGGCCGGAAAAACAGUGAAAGACUUUCAGGAAUCCGCCAAUGACGACGUACAUGGGCGCGCAUACAUCUCGACAUUCAUCGCUUCCGAUGAGACAGACUCCCAGCAGAAGGAUGUCUGCUCACGUCCAUGUGUGGAACUUCUGCCGCAUGGAUGCGGUAUCCCGAUGGACCAGAUAGAGCAGGCACAGGCCAAGAAGCCUGCAUGUGAUGAUUCAAGACUGGUAGAAGAGAGCGCAUGGCCGGAUAAAGCGCACACCCAGGUAGAGGCGAGGCCCACGCUUUUGGAGGAGAAGCAGGUAAAUCAGAAGAAGGACCUCUGUGAUGAGGACGCACAUCAAUCGCUGAAGGAGAGGAAACCACAGGAGGAUGGAGGUAAGGAGGAGCAGCUGACGGAUGGUGCUCGAGAAGAGCAGGAGGAACACGAAAAGGAGGCCACAGAGGCGGUUCAAGAGCACGAGGUGAAGGUCGUACAGGAAGAGACGGAUCGCGACGUUCGUGUUGAGAGAGAGCGGACUGUGCCGGAUGACCAGAUUGCGAAGGAUGCGCGAGGCAAGAAGAGCGAGGCAGACGACGACAUCGAGUGCCUUGACCAAAAGGAACACGGGACGCUUCCCCAUAGGAUCAGCGAGGACGUGGGAAGCCGAAGCCGGAGGAAGCCGCAUCUCCUCUCAUCCACGAAGAACAACUCGUCGUUCCUCCCGGAAAGAUCGUCCAGUGACGACCACGCGCAAUCCUCUACAUUCCCUUCCGCACACGAACACACCUCGACAGCGACGUCCGGGCUGACCUGCGUCUCAAUGUCCCAUGAGAAGCCGCAGAUCAUAUACCAAACCGAUCCUAAGGCUUCCAGCAUCAACUACACUCGCGCACCGAGUUCGUUCGAGCACUUCGUUUUCAGCGACCUUCCGGAAGGCCCUCUGGGGUACCAGACGCCUGUCCUACCAGAGGUCAGCUGCGACUACGAGAGGGUCUACAUCCCGACCCCGAAUCCGCCGAGAUCGCUUCGAGCCACUCCGAGCAGUGCGCCUAGUCGAGUUGCACCCUCGGUCAAUGUGCCGUCUCCCUCGCCGACAUCCCCACCCUCGGGCGAGGCCAGCGGAUCGGCCCAGGGCGAGAGUACUGAACGCAGAAGACCGAGAAACUAUGGAGAACGCGCAUUCCAAAGCGCCUUUGCUGCUGCAUUGAGGCCUCGCAGGGAGCGGUAGGAUAGUCACCGUCCCAAGCGCACCUCAGGCCAUCAUCCAGUCCUGCAGGACGCGCGUCCACCGAUAGUCACCGAGUCUCGACAGGAGCCUACGUUCUCAUGUUUGCGCGCUUAGAGCAGCCGGCCACUAGGGGAAACACGGCCGUACU